ACUACCUUAACUCUCAUCCUCCUCCAUCUUUGCCUAACGUGCGCGCUAAGAAUGGCGAAACCUCCGCAACCAGACCUUUUCCCAGAAUCCAGCCUGGAAUCCGAUGCCGGAGCAACCUUCGUUCUUGAAUCAAAAGGGAAGUGGUGGCAUGCGGGGUAUCAUCUAACGACGGCGAUAGUCGGGCCCACAAUUCUGACGCUGCCUUACGCAUUCCGGGGACUGGGGUGGGGCCUCGGCUUAUUCUGUUUGACGGCGUUGGGAUGCGUCACCUUCUACUCUUACUAUCUCAUGUCCAGGGUGCUUGAACACUGCGAAAAAGCUGGUCGCCGCCACAUCCGCUUCCGCGAGCUCGCCGCCGACGUUCUAGGGUCUGGAUGGAUGUUUUAUUUUGUUAUAUUCAUCCAAACUGCUAUCAAUACAGGGGUCGGAAUAGGAGCGAUUUUGCUUGCGGGGCAGUGCCUUAAGAUCAUGUAUGAGAACCUUUCUCCCAAUGGAUCCUUGAGGCUGUAUGAGUUUAUAGCAAUGGUGACAGUGGUGAUGAUAGUUCUCUCUCAGCUUCCAUCCUUCCACUCCCUCAGACAUAUCAAUUUAAUUUCGCUUCUUCUCUGCUUGGGGUACAGUUUCCUUGUGGUUGGUGCUUGCAUUCAUGCAGGUCUAUCCAAAAAUGCCCCCGCUCGGGACUAUUCCUUAGAAUCUUCAAGUUCAGCAAGGGUGUUUAGUGCCUUCACUUCCAUUUCCAUAAUAGCUGCAAUUUUUGGGAACGGGAUACUUCCUGAAAUACAAGCAACUCUGGCUCCGCCUGCUACAGGAAAGAUGGUAAAAGGACUGCUGAUGUGUUACACUGUGGCCUUCUUUACUUUCUAUUCUGCUGCAGUCUCUGGAUACUGGGUGUUCGGCAACAAAUCUAAUUCAAACAUUCUCAAGAGUCUGAUGCCAGAUGAAGCACCUUCCUUGGCCCCAACCAUGCUUCUUGGCCUUGCAGUUUUAUUUGUUCUCCUGCAACUCUUAGCCAUUGGCUUGGUUUAUUCUCAAGUUGCUUAUGAGAUCAUGGAAAAGCAAUCAGCCGAUGUGAAACAAGGGAUGUUUUCCAAAAGGAACCUGAUCCCUAGGCUAAUCCUCCGGUCACUGUAUGUGAUAUUCUGUGGGUUUAUGGCAGCGAUGCUUCCUUUCUUCGGUGAUAUAAGCGGUGUUGUGGGCGCUAUCGGCUUCAUCCCGCUAGAUUUCAUCCUCCCUAUGCUUCUCUACAACAUGACCCAUAAGCCUUCAAGAUUGUCUUUCACCUACUGGCUCAAUUUGUUCAUCAUCAUUGCCUUCACAGGUGUGGGAAUCAUGGGCGCGUUUUCCUCUAUCAGGAAAUUGGUUCUUGAUGCUAACACUUUCAAGCUCUUUAGCAGUGACGUGGUUGACUAAUGACUAAGCAUUAACCAUAUGCAUUAGGUUCAGAAAUUUCACUCUAGGUCAUAGUUAUAAUAACGUAGUAUACGUGAUAUCUACCGUGCAAUAUAUUAUGAUGGACUCUAAAAAUGGUAAAAACUCAUAUAUUGUAUUGUUCUGAUAUUAUAUUGAAACUAUGUUUUACCAUUCACGAUAUGUAUUAAUAUAUUUUUUAUUAAAUUAAUUUUAUUUAAUUAUUAAAAA